CAGGGCACAGACGCGAGCAAAAUACGCAUCUUUUUCUUUCCACAAUCAAUUCACUUCCAACUCCAAGAAUCCCUUCUCUCUCUCUCUCUCUGAUCAAAGAUCAAAGAUCGAAGAGAUCAGUUGAUCGAAGGAAAGAAAUAAAGAAAAAAGGGGAAGAUGUUGGAUUUGUCUAGGGUUCAGAAGGAGCUGACGGAGUGCAACAAGGACACCGCCGUCUCCGGCGUCACGCUGUCCCUCAAUGGCUCGGAUCUCACUCAUCUCGCCGGAACCAUCACCGGCCCCCUCGGCACUCCCUACGAGGGCGGCGUCUUCCACAUUGACAUCAAACUUCCCAGCGGGUAUCCUUUUGAGCCUCCCAAAAUGCAGUUCAUCACAAAAGUUUGGCAUCCCAAUAUCAGUAGUCAAAAUGGAGCUAUUUGUCUGGACAUUCUGAAGGACCAAUGGAGUCCUGCACUCACCCUGAAGACCGCACUGCUCUCUCUGCAGGCUCUACUCUCAGCACCCGCACCUGAUGAUCCCCAGGACGCCGUGGUUGCUCAACAGUAUUUGCGUAACCAUCCUACUUUUGUUGCGACUGCCAAAUACUGGACGGAGGCUUUUGCCAAGACCGCAUCUAUUGGGAUUGAACAAAAGGUUCAGAAGCUGGUUGAGAUGGGAUUUCCCGAGGCACUUGUGAGGAGCACGCUGGAAAUGGUUAAUGGCGAUGAGAAUAUGGCCCUUGAACAACUUUGCUCCGGCUGACAAAAACAUGACCACCCAUGCGCCUCUACCAUAGAAAUUAUUAUAUUGUAAAUUCUUUAUUACAAUUAAGAACAGUGUGGCUUUUAGGGCAGCUUCUCAUUUAAGUUUAUUGACAAGAUACAUAUCAGUUAGUGAUCUAUUGAAUCACAUAUUUAGAAUUGUUAAGCUUCUGAAUUGUUGUUUCCCUCUGUUCUCUUAUUUUUUGUGACGCUAGCUUAUUAUCUUGAUAUCUUGAUACGGGUAAUAUUAUUUC